GCCACUUGGACUUUCGCGGGGAAUAAUUUAUUCUUGCGUUUAUUAAAAUACGUGUGUUCAUUUAGCGUGAAAAAAGAUUUUCUUUUCUCGUACAUUGAUCAGUUAAGACGUGUCUAGUGUGAACGGCGAGCUUCUUGGACACGGUCGUAUUUGGGUUCAAUUGCUUGUGAAGUAUUCGGUUAUGGAAGGACGGCACUGAUCCUAAUUGUAUCUAAAAUGCAUAUCCUGGAGAUAGGCGCUGAACAAGAUGAGGAGGUCACCGGACGGGCCCACGAAGCUGCUUUCCGAACCGUCCCCAAGGAUUACACAACCUUCUUAAUCUGGAGGAUAACUGAAUCUGGUACUGAACUACUGCCGAGGUCGCACUACGGUACAUUCUAUGAUACCGACGCGUACUUGGUGUAUUCGUGCUCGCUGCCAGGUCAGCCGGCGGAACCGGAUAUAAUUCGUCGCGAAAUAAGAGAGAAUGGAACAGAGUAUGCUGAACGGCACGUCCACGCGUGGGCGAGUGAGACACAGGCGGGGACGUUGGUGCUGCGACGAGCGAGCCAACUGCUGGCCCACCUCGCCGCACCCCUCGUACUGCACAGGGAAACUGCCACGAAGGAGUCGCCGAGGAUGCUCUCUUAUUUCCGAGAUGGCAUCAGAAUUCUUCGUAGUGGUUGCUUGAACGGAGGUCCUCGUUUAUACCGAGUUCAAGGUCAUCGACCGGUGAUGCUUCAGCUGGAGCCGGUCACGUGGGCCCAGCUCGCCUCUGAUGGUGUUUUCGUGCUGGACACCACCAAUUUGAUAGUUCUAUGGCUUGGUCGUGCAGCCAAUUUAAUUGAAAAAAUCUUUGGAGCGAAGAUCGCAUACCGUAUGGCUCGUGGAGUAGAAAAGGGAAUGAUGGCACGGCGCAUCGCUAUCGCUCAUGAUGGCUACGAGCAAACACUACCAGUCGCGGAUCGAGAAUUCUUGAACAACAUCUUAGAACUACGGUCAAGAACCAUCCGUCCGUCACCAGUGGUCUCCGAAGCCCCGCGACCCGCCCGUCUAUUUAAAGUGACGCAGCCGCCGCGAGUGUCGCCUGUCACCGUGCCUUCUCAAAGAGCGGCAGCUCGCCUUGAGGAAAUCAAAAGAGCUCCGCUAUACCGACAGGAUUUAAAGGACGACGGUGUGUAUAUAGUCGAAGCUGGUUCGCGGGGAGUGUGGGCAUGGGUGGGUGCGCAGGCAGGCUCUGCAGCAGGUCGCGGGGCGCUGGCCGCGGCACGAGGACUGGCACGUGCCAAACGACUGAGCGGACCUGUUGCCACCAUGCUAUCAGGUCGAGAGCCUUUGGAAUUUGCCGCGCUCUUCCACCGCUGGAGUUGGGCGGAUUCACGCCGCGACAUACGCGUGAGGGCCGCACGAUCUGCCACAACCAAAUUGGAUGCUGUCAGUCUAGCUUCGAAUUCCUGGCUGGCUGCCGAGGCACAACUUCCAGACGAUGGUUCGGGGUCGCUAAGAAUGUGGCGUAUUCGGUGCGAAGGUGAAGGACCGAUGCAAGAGUUAGAGCGUCCACAGCAUGCAGCUUUUUAUGAUCAAGACUGCUACAUCAUACUUUAUACAUACCAUGCCCCUAUUGGCGACCAGACGAUGCUCUAUUAUUGGAUGGGUGGCUCUUCGCCAAAUGAACUACGGAAUUUGGGCGCAAAAGAAGCCAAAGACCUCUAUACAAAGCUAGGUCGUCUUCCUAUACAAGCGUGGGUUUACCAAGGCAAAGAGCCUGCACAUUUCUUACAAAUUUUCAAAGGACGGAUGAUAACCUACAAAGGAACUGCCACAGAUUAUGAUCCCAGUGGUCGUAGAGUAGUCCCUCCUCCGCGAACACUCAUCCGUGUGUCUGGUCAAUACGCACGCGAGGCUCGAGGCGUGGAAGUAUCAGAUGAAAUUGUUUCGGGAGGUGCAGGGCCAGCGGGGGUCGCGAAGAGGGGCUCGUGCUACGUGAUGCGGGAGGGCACACGGGUGUGGGUCUGGUGCGCCGCCACCGCUACUGGUGACGAACGCGAGGUCGCCAAGAACAUGGCCGCUGCGGACCAUACAUUAAUCAUGCAAGGAAAAGAAAAAGCCGAUUUCUGGAAUGCCUUGGGCGACAGACGUCAUUUGCUCGUGGUUUCCCCACUACAAGAAGUUGAACGACCUCUGCCUCCUCGUUUAUUUUAUGUUUCGCUUGGUGCAAAUGGACAUUAUUCUUUCGAGGAGAUCAUCUCAGUGUCUCAAUAUGAGCUAGCUCCGGAGAUGGCGGGUGUGUUGGACGCCCACGCCGCCUUGUUCGUGUGGCUCGGCGCCCACUGCGCUCACCGCGCUAGGGAGGACGCCAGACAACUUGCACUAUCGUAUCUAGCGCAGGAUCCAGCAGCGAGAGACGCCGAAACUCCUAUCAUAGUUGUCCAUCAAGGUCGUGAGCCUCCACAUUUCACUGGAUUCUUUCCCCACUGGAAGAACUCUAUGUGGAAGGGUCACAAAACCUUUAGCGCGAUAGUAAGCGCGUUGGAAGGUAAGGCGAUCGUUCGGGGAGGCAACAGUAAACUUCAGAGCGGUAAUAGUGAGAACCGAUUCGAUCAGCACGAGAAAUAUCCGCUGUCGGUACUGCGAGGACCCAAAGAACAUCUCCCGCAAGACGUCGACCCGCUCACUAAAGAGCUGUAUCUUACGCACGACGAUUUCGUAUCCACCUUCAACAUGACGUACAAUGACUUCCGAUCGUUGACCGCCUGGAAACAGAGGGAGCUGAAAAAGUCUGCGGGUUUAUUCUAAAACAACUGCUAUAUUAAUAACAGCCCUGUUAUUGAAAUUUAUAAUUAAACAUAAUUUUAUUACGCUUAAACUGAAACACAGUUUACAAAAUAGUGGAUAAUUAAAAAUAUAUUUAUAAAAUAAAAUAUAACUUCAAUAUUUACUUUGUGAGACAGAUAAUUUUAUAUUAUUAUUUGGAAUAUUCUUGAUUAAAGGUAAAAUAAAAUAUGCACAAUAUUUGCAACAACACACUACAAAGGAAGCGUUUUCAGUUUGCAAUUCAUAAAUCCUCACACGUACUAAAAAUGUAGGCUAUUGAAAUAGAAAUGAAUGGAUGGAAACUUAGUCCUAGCAAACUGAUGUCUAUAGUCGAUAUUCUAACUGUUGACACUGCGUCAUUUAAGUAUCACGUAACUCGGAAACCGUAGGUAUUUUUAAGCAUUUAUAAUUAAUUGUUAAUUAUUAAUUUUAUAAAAUAUAUUUAUUAUUGUUAUAAAAUGUGAACAUUAAAUAAAACAUAAAAAAAAAAAUUAAAAUGUUAUUUAUUUUUCACAAAUGUAGCACUUAAAAUGAGCUAGGCAUUAAUUUUAUGAUAAAAUUAAUAAUAUUCUUUACAAUAUACAAAUUUCUUAAAAAAAAAAAUCCGUAAAAUAUUGGUUUAUUUGAAAACAUAUGUACAUUAGAACUAUCAAUACAUGUAA